AUGUCCCCCCGGCUUCUCAAUGUGGACACGCGAACUUCUCGUGAAGGCUUAGGCUGCUACGUGCUCAUCACUGGCCACUUCAUCGAUGGUGAUUGGAAGCCACAGCAGAGGAAGCUGAAUGUGGUGAUGGUGCCCAAUCCUGAUUCAGAAUCUGCCCUCGCCAACGCAGUGUUGCGCUGCCUUUCCGAUUGGAACUUGGAAGAAUGUACUGAUUUUCGACGGCCAGUUGGUGCGCGGCAGCUGCAUCUCUCGCACCCUGACCAGCAUGGCGAAGGAGUUGUUGUCAGCGUGUGGAGAUCUCGUGUCGAAAAUCCUUGA